AUGAAGGUAUUGACUCAGGCCAUCUUCUUAUCGGGGGCGUCAACACUUGUUGAUGCCCUGCCUUCAGCUGGACUUGUUUCACCAAGAGCACCACCAGCCGAGUUUACAGCCAAUCCAAACGUUGGCCCUGGUGGUACUAGGUGGAAAGACUCCCCCCAUUUCCGCAUCUACGGCGCAACCGACAAUGCCGUAGCCGACAGGACCAUCGCCAUGCUCGAGGCGGCAUACACCUGCUUCGUGAAUGACCUCGGAUGGCGCAGCCCUGGACUCAGCUACAAACAAGAUCACGACAAUGGGCCCUGGCACAAGCUCAAUGUCUACCAAGUGGAAACCCUUCCCGGAGCUGCCGCCAACACUCCCCUCGACCUCAACAGAGGACUGUCAUGGCUCAACGUGGUCAAAGCAUGGAUGGCAGAGCCAGGUGUCGUCGUUCACGAGUUUGGGCAUGCCCUGACCUACUCGGCCGGGUGGUGGAUCGACCAGUACCGCACCGGUGCUUGGUGGGAGACCGUCGCCAAUUUCGUGGCGGAUACCUACCUCACCUCUCCUCACUGCGCCCCAGCACGGGCAAAGUACAACCAACCUGAAGGCAACACCAUAGUUGAACUCAAAAAGGUCAUUGGCGACUCAUAUCAGGUCAUCGUCGACGGCACAGUCGACACAGCCAACCACUACCAGGCCUUCCCCUUCCUGACCUACCUCCACAGCAACCCCGAUCAGAUUCAGGGACUGGGCACCAGCAUCUUCCCCGGGGUCUGGACACAGUACAAGCGAUACAGCGAUGAGACACCGCUUCACGUGCUUGAACGCCUCAUCGCACCUGGUGGCACGAAGAUCCAGACUGUGGUGGCAAAAUACUGGGCUCGGAUGGCCUUUGUGGACAUCAACCACCCCAAGGCUCAAGCCAUGUGGAGGAGCCAGAGGUCGCAGAUCAACUACGGCAAUCUGGAUAAUCAGGGGAAUGGGCGGUAUAGAGUCAAAAGUGCGAGACGGCCUAGAUAUAUGGGUGCGAACAUCACCCCGCUCAAGACCAAUGGGGCGGUGAACGUCAGUGUCACUGUGACGAUUUCUGGUGCGGGGAAGUUGACGUCUUUCCUUGCGGUGAGACAGACGAGCGGGGCUGUGAGAUAUGUUGAGUUGGUCAAUAGUAGUGGGAAUGUUUCGGUUGGAAAUGGAGAGGAGGCCAUGCUUGUUGUGGUCAAUACUCCGGCGAAUCUGGUGCUGUUUGACCCGUUCAAGUUGACAGCAGAGACGAAUACCGGGGUUGACUAUACCGUUCAGAUCUCAGGAGCUACGGUUUAG